AUGCCCGAAAAGGAAGCUAUUGUGCAACCCGAUGAAGAAGAGACAAUAGAGGUGGAGACACCAACGAAGAGCCCACCAAAAGAUCAACCCGAGACAAUAGUUCCUCCUAAGCCCACGGAAGUUAAACUUCCUUUCCCUCAAAUGAUGCAAAAGAAAAAGAAGGAUGAACAAUUUUCAAGAUUUUUGGAUAUCUUUAGGAAAGUUCAAAUUAACAUCCCUCUUGUUGAAGCACUUCAACAAAUGCCAAGUUAUGCAAAGUUCCUAAAGGAUGUGGUCUCACUAAAGAGGAAAUGGGGGCACUAUGAGACGGUCAACUUGACGGAGAGUUGCAGUGCAAUUAUUCAAAGGAAGUUGCCGGCCAAAAUGCAAGAUCCGGGAAGCUUCACUAUUGAGUGCACUAUUGGAAAUUGCUUUGUGGGGAAUGCCUUGUGCGAUCUAGGGGCUAGCAUUAAUCCUAUGCCAUUGUCCUUCUUCAACAAGUUGAAUAUUGGUAAAUUGAGAUCGACUAGCAUUACUUUGCAAAUGGCGGAUAGGUAG